AUGGCCAGUCAUAUACCUAUAAUCGCCACUGAUAGAGUGAGCGAAAAAGCAUCGAAAACUCUUGAUAUUGUCAAAAAAUUUGUAGAAGAAAGAUGCAUUCCAGCCGAUCCUAUAUUUGAAGCUCAAGUGGGUCAAGGUAUCAAUAGAUGGAAUCACUACCCCAAUAUCAUUGACGAUCUCAAAGUCGAAGCAAGGAAACUUGGACUCUGGAAUAUGUUUCUGCCCAAGUCCCUGUACCAAGAAUCGCCUGGUUUCACAAAUCUUGAGUACGCACUCAUGGCAGAGUGGCUUGGCAGAUCUAGAGUUGCCUCAGAGGCAGUUAAUUGCGCUGCACCUGACAGUGGAAAUAUGGAGGUUUUAGCUCUUCACGGUAGCAGUGCACAAAAAAAACAAUGGUUACAGCCUUUACUAAACGGAGAGAUUCGUUCGGCUUUCUUAAUGACUGAGCCACAUAUUGCUUCAUCCGAUGCAAAAAAUAUUCAGAUGCGGAUGACGAGGGUCGGCAACGAAUAUACUCUCAACGGAGAAAAAUGGUGGUCAAGCGGUGUUGGAGAUCCUCGAUGUAAGAUUUAUAUUGUCAUGGCCAAAAGUGAUGAAGCUAUCGAGGACCCCUACAAGCAGCACUCAGUAAUUCUUGUCCCAUCAAACACCCGUGGUAUUUCAAUCAAGCGGAUGAUGUCUGUCUACGGCUACGAUGAUGCUCCUCACGGACACGGUCACUUGGUUUUCAAUAAUGUAAAAGUUCCUUCGAGUAAUCUUAUUCUUGGGUCUGGAAGAGGGUUUGAAAUUGUCCAGAGUCGACUAGGCCCGGGCCGGAUCCAUCAUGCCAUGCGUUGCAUUGGCGCUGCCGAAAGAGCCAUCGAGUGGAUGCUCUAUCGAAUUAACGAUCCGAGAAAAAUUGCCUUUGGCAAACAGUUAAGCGAGCAUGGCGUGGUACUUGAUUUGCUUGCAAAAUCGCGUGUAGAAAUUGACGCGGCGCGCCUUGUUGUUCUGAAUGCUGCCAUCAUGAUCGACAAGUUCGGGUCAAAAAAAGCCUUGAAAGAAAUCGGUGAGGCAAAAAUCCUUGUACCUAGUAUGACUCUUACUGUCAUCGACCGAGCAAUUCAAAGCUUUGGUGCCGCUGGUGUCUCUCAAGAUACCCCAUUGGCUAGCUUGUGGGCGCAGAUUCGAACACUUAGAAUUGCUGAUGGACCUGACGAAGUUCAUCUCAAUCAACUUGGUCGGAACGAAAAUAAGAAAGGUUCUGAGGCAACACGAAAAAUUACACUGCAAGGCGAGGAAUCUAAAAAGUUAUUUGUGCAAUACGGCAUGUCAGCUACGGAGACGUACCUCAAGUCAAACCUUUAA